AUGGAAAACAGAACCGUCCCCGACAUUUUUCUCACCACUCCAAUCGACACGUCCUACGUCCAAACCGUCAGCCGACGGUCUUCCCUCGAUGAUCUUCGAAGAUGCGACUCUCCUGUGGAAUCCUUCACCGAGUCGCUGCUCGGUAUCUACUGCCGGUCUCGGCCUAUGUCACCUUCUGUCGACGGCGAGUGUGAAAGGAUGUCUCUGUACGACGACGAAUUCCCGGGAUUUGACUAUUCCGGCUUUACUCGCCAGGCGCUGAAGAAGAUUAGACGGGAGGAAGGCUCUAGAAAUUUGUCGAUGGGGAUUAACUUACCCACUAACUUUUCGACCUCGUCGUCAACCCUGGCGACGGUAGAGCUUCAUGAAGAGGGUAGCGCGGGCUCUGGCGACAGAACCUCCCAAGACACUCUCAACGAUGGCUACAGGUAUUUCGUUACCAGGCCUCUCGCUCAGCCUCUCGGCAAUAAUCCCAUCGGUCUCCCGCGAGUCCACUUCGCCAAGGUCGCGAAGGAGGACAGCCACGGCCGGUCCAUGCAUCGCAAGGAUAGCGAUGCAAAGAGUAUCGCUUCCUCUGUCGGCAGCACCUCGAGCAGGCUUACAAUUAAGCCUCUUCGUGCUGUUCAGCGAGUCGUGUCAAAGUUUGAUUCGAAGGCCUCGAAGAUCGACAGCCCUCUCGCCAACCCCGACCCGUUUACCUCUAUGGACAUCAAGUCAACGUCGCGCAAACGGGCUCCGAGUGUCUACAAGGUCAUCCGAAAGAGUGUGGUCAAAGCUCUCACCAGCAAGGCUAAGCCUAAGGUCGACGCAUCGCCCACUACGACGACCAGCGCCCAUUAUCGGUUCGACCCUCCUCACGGCACGCCCGUCGUCAAUCCCGUCUCCGAAUUCCCUCAUGCGGCGCGAAGUGGGCACGUCAGGUCCUCGUCCGCGUCUGUCUUCAGCUUCGGCUUGAAGCGCCGCCCGACCGGCGAGAGCCAGAAGACCGUCGAGGGUGACUCUCCGGCAAAGAGAAACCGCGCUUUCUCUAUCAGGAGUCGGCAUGCAGCUCCUCGAGCAAGGCAAGAUGCGGCACAAUCCGCGGCCAAGCUCGAGCCACGACUCUUGAACCGGCCUCUCCAGCGGUCCCGAUCGUUCUCCGCAUUCGGAGAUUUCUCCGUCGUCCCCGAGAGACAGAACCUUGGAGAAGAGGUCGUUGUGGACAGGGCUAUGGACACGAUGCGCCGGUUGAAUGGGCACUGGCCGGUCUACGUGCCGCAUGUGCCACACGACGCAAUGGAAGACGGUUUUCUGUUCGAGCGGAACGUCGAGGUGAUGUAG